AUGCCUGGGUUCACAGACGAAGCCCUCGCCUGGAGGAAACGCAAGCGUGAAAAUGAAGACCCCUUAGCCCGCCCAACCUCCUUUGUCCCGUACAUGGUAGACCACGCAAAUUGCGACCCAUACAUCGUCCACCGACACAACCACAACCAAAACCACAACCAAGAUGCAUUCCCCGCAAACGCCGCCAUCUCCAACAACUCCAACCACACAGCCAACAUUCAAACUCAUCAUAUCUCCUCGCCCCCCCCACAACAAUCCCUCCUCUCCCCGAAUAUAUACGCCACUCCCCAAGACCCCUAUUCACCACCCGUAUCGCCAAAAACCCUCGUCCCCCUCCCAUAUCCAGCCCCAACCUCCGCACCCACAUCAACAACAUCAACAACACACCCCUCCGCCCUCCGCCCCUGUCAUAUCUGCCACCGCCGGCCCACAACCCGCCAAGUCCUCGACGCCUACGCAGACUGUGAUCUCUGCGCCAAACGAGCAUGUUACAUCUGUCUGCGCCUCUGCGACGGGUCCGCAUGCCCGGGUGCCCGUGCCGCACCUGCCGCGGCGGGAGAUCCGUACGAUGAGAUCGGCUGUGCGAGAAGGAAGAUCUGCUCUUCUUGUGCUGUUGAGGGGAUUUCGGAGGGCGUGGAGAUUGUUAGGUGUUUGGAUUGUGUGAGGUCUGCGCCUGCUUGGGAGGAGUGGGCUUUGGAUGGGGAUGCUAGGAUGGGUGGAUGA